AUCACAUGACUAUGAUCACAUGAUUCUCAGAAAUAAUUUUAAGACCACGGUACGCUGCGUUGUUUGGACAUGAAUGUUAAAGAAUUAACCUCUAUUUAAAGGUUAUAACUAUGGCCACUCCGACCUGGAGUCAGAGAAUAUCUGCAUUUUUACUGAGUCCGUCUCAGUUCCUCUCCAGCAUAACUUCAGAUAGCUUCCUGGCGGAACUUCUGCACGAACUGAGAGAUGACAAAGCCAGCGAUAACACAAAGGUCCUCCUGCUGUCUCCAUUCCUGGAUCAUCCCACAAUUCUCUGCCCCACUGUUUUAGCUGGAGAGGAGACCACACUUGAAUUGAUGUCCGUUCUGGCCCAGACGCCUCAGAAAGCUGUCAGUCUUAAAUGCAGUCUGAUGUUAGCCAUAUCUACUGUCCUCAUUUGCACAACCUGCAUGGAGAGACAGCCCAAGGUGGCAGAGGAUUACCUGGACCAGCUGUUUCAGACCAUUGAGGACACCAAUGACCACAGGGGUGGCUUGUCCCUCCAGCCCAUUCGAGCCACAGCCUGCGAAUGCCUGCGGGAGAUAGAAAUAAGUUACCCAGGACUUUUGUCACAGAGACUAGAAACCCUUUAUCAAUUAAAGCAACAGGAGAUCACUGUUGUUCAUCAAGCCUAUAGCUCUCUUUACACACUGGCACUGAAGAAUGCUGUCUUCCAACUGUGUCAAAAGGAAAAAGUUGCUGAUGCAGAUAUUAAGACACUGCUAUGUGCAAAUGAGGGAUUUGGAUGGAAAGCUAUCAGUAAACCUUUACCGCCCAUCAUCGUCAGUCAAAUGGAAGAGAUCCCACAGGUUAGGACAGGUGUGGACUGUAGAGAGUUGAAAUCCAUUGUGUCUUCAUUAUUGGAAGAGUCCUACCUUUUAACUCCCAUCUCCCAGGCUGCUUUGUUCAGAGAACUUAUUGAUGUCGUUUCUAUGGUACCAGCCUUGUCCCCUGCUUUGUUCAAGUCCCAACUCUUGCGUCUAUUUGGGACAGCUCAGGUGGAGUUGGUGCAUGCCAUACUGAUGAUGAAAAGUGCAUUCACUGAUAGUCUCUUUAGUACUGAUGAUGAGAACUUCUUCCUGAAACGUCUUGUGUGUAUGGCUCAGCAUCCACUGCUCAGUGUCCCAGAGAAGCUCUUCUAUAUAGACUGCAUAAGUCACUUCCCUGAGAACAGACCUCUCUCAAGCCAGGGAGAUGAAAGCUUGCCUGUGCUGGUCACACCUCACCUUACAGUAUCUCUCCUGCCGACUGUAUUCAAUGAUAGUAGCACCAUGCUUAGUCGUCUGAAACUCAUGUGCAUGGUAUACCUGGAGGCUGAUGAAGGAGAGGAAAGCAAAGGGCUGACCUACUUGUUUGAUCAUUUGAUGGCACUCCUCAAAAUUGUUGAUAACCAUGGUCGCAGGGAAAUGGUUGUGACAUCCUUUCGUGCUGUCUUUAUUUUCCUUACUUACUUUUCGCAGAUUGUAAAACUGACGGAAGUCCUUAUUGAGAAGUUAUCAGAGCUGUAUUCAAGGCACUGUCGUCUGGCCCCAAAUUUAAUCAACUUGUGCGACAGAAUCCAGGACCACUUGGAGGAUUCUGUGUGGCCUGUUGAAUUGCUAAAAACUUUGCAGAGAUUGGUGGUGGAGAUGCCCCCAUCUCAAUUGACCCUGCAGAACUUUAGCUGGCAUCUCAAAAUCUUGAAAAGAGCAGCAAUGGAGAAAGAGAUACCCCAAAGAAGCUCCAUUCACUUCCUGCUCAAUGCCUUAUACCACUCCAGCCUCUGUGAGAGGGGAGGUUGGCAAGUAGGCAAUGCGAUUCUCGCAGUUUGCCGCAAUCUACUCCUACAUCCCUGUGUGAACCAGGCCUCUGUGUCAAUUGAGCUAGCCGAUUUGCUUCACCAAAUGACAGGUCACUAUGACGACACAGACAUUCGAGAUCACGCAAGGUUUUACUACACCUUACUGACAAAUUUGUCAUUGGAAAAGCUAUCGGGUGUGUUGGUGCAAAGUCAGGAUGGAGGUCAGACUAAAGUGAGAUCUUUGUCUGCCAUCAUGUCUGAAACAGAUGGGCUCUCCAGUCAUCUCGCUAUACACCCAACAUCAGGGCCGAUAUUACAGCUUGUGAGGUUACAGCAAGUCUGGUCACCUCCAGCAGCUUCCUACACAGAGGACACCACUACAGAGGGACAUGUCCUUCAACACUAUAGGUGUCAAUUUAGUGAUUCAGAGUUUGCCUCAGAAGUUACCCUAAAGUACAAGCUUGCUUACCUAGGUGAGACAGAACCUCUGUUUGAUAAACUUUUCUCAAUCUGUAUGAGCUUUGACUUGAAAGAUUCAAAUUAUGAAGACAUAUGUGACAUCUGUGUCCCAUGCCUGUUCAGAGACAGGAAGCCCCCUGAGGUCUGUCUUAAGCUGAAGCCAAAGCAGCCCUACCCUACAUGCUUUAAAGUCAGUGCUGUGAUCAGCACCGAAGAUGGACUCACUUGGCGAACUCAGCUUCCUGAUGUCAAAGUGUCAUUCCCAGACAUCUUUUUGCCAAUGCCUGUACCCAUGGGUUCAUCAUCCUCCUACAAGGAAGAGGUUUUUGACCGUCUUUGGGAAGAUAUCUGUGCCACAGAAGCUGAUAGGUCAGCGAUCAGCUUAUUCUGUUUUGAGGUCAAGGAGAAUUCCCUUCAAGAAAUGAACAAACAGAAUUUCCGAAACUUCCUGAUAUCCGAGCCAUCCGACAUUGGAGAAUGCAAGGUCUUGUUUUUCCUUCCGCCACAGUUUCAUGUACUAUUUAGGAUAAAUCUGACUGAGGAUGCAGUCAAAAUUGACAUAGGAACCGACAACUGGGAACUGUUGCCUUAUAUUAACUCUUACUUACUCAAAAUCACAAAGACAUGAAAAUUAGCCUCAUUAACUGCUACUGCUAGGUCUGCUAUGUGAUAGUAGUUUUUUGUAAAUAUUUAAUUUUAAACCUUUUGUUGUAAUUAAUGUCUUUAUUUGAGAGUGUUAAUAAGUGUAAUAAGUUAAUAAGCUAAUAAAUGUAAACUUGUUAUAUACUA